CGGUGCGUCGAGAGGUGAGAUUCCUGUAGGCCCUAAAGACAUGAUGUACCUGUACGAGAGGACGAGAAUUUCUGCAUCAAAGAAAGUGAAAGAGAUGAAUUUGUUCUCGCAUUUGAAGUCAUGGCUUUUUGAUAUCGUGGGUUUUAGGCCUGUCAGUCUUCAGAUAUCCGUCUAAAUUGGGAGGACGCCAUGGGUCGUCGAAAGAAGCUUCGGGCGCGAGCCCCUAGCAACGGACUGCUGUCGGUGUGUACUAGCGUCGGUGAUGACGAGGUUGAACAUUUAUUGCGGGAAGCACCGAUACAGGUAAUCCAUGAGCAGAUAAGCCUGGUAAGUUUGAGACGGACUCCCAGCAGCAAACAGGACAGAAGGAUGACCACUCCUCAAAAUGACCUCAACGUCAGGGAAUCUUUAACCUCAAGCAGACACGGUCAGUUGCCAGAGAGUACAGACAGUCAUCACCAGGAAUUGGCUGUGGUACAGAGGCUUCCUUUCAGUGAUGAGACCCUGUCGCAUUCUGCAUCCAAUUCGCACUUGCCAACUCCAAACAUCAAAUUGCCGAUUCUUUCCAGUAGCACGCACGGCUAUUGCAAACCAGCCAAACCUUGCCGUAAGAACUCCCGUGGGUCACCUCAAGAUACCACAGCCAACAUCACGUCAACUCGAACUAAACUGAGAAGUACCUCAAGAAAGGAAAGUCAGGGGCAGAAAUCCUCCAGUAAGCCAGCUCAGAGAGCCAGGAGUAUUCCCAUCCUGGCCGCGAUAACACCAGACAAUGUGGAACAGGAGAAACGGAAAUUCUUUGACAGCAACUUCGACUAUAAUCCACAGUUCACUUAUCGGAGUGCCCCCUCUGCAGGAAUUCUUGAGAGAUACAGCAAAGCAAAUGACAGACUCAUUAAGUCGGCCACCCAAAUCUUCAGAGCAACCCUACAGAGGUUUAAGACCUAUAAGCAGUUUGAGGCCGCAACAGGUGGCCGCGCGAUUUCUGUUUCCCAGUUCACCGCUAAGUUUCAACAGUACCUAGCCCAGGAAGGCCUGACCAACAAAGUUGCCUUGAACCUGAGUGAUAGCCUGGUAGCUAGGGCAUUAAUGAGUCGGACAAAUGGACGGCCAACACUCAACGCCAGACCCAAUGCUCUCAGGUCCCAGUGGUCGGAUGGCCUUCUGCGUCAUGAAAUUGGAACUCAUUACAUAAGAAGUGCCAACAAUCGUGAACAUCCUUGGAACACAAUGAAAGGUCGUAAGAAAUAUGGACUGAGCCCACUCAACCCAACUGAAGAAGGCAUUGCAAGUAUUCACAGUAUCUUACUUAGAAAAGAGCCAUUCUUAUGGCGAUCAGCAAUGCUGUACUAUACCACCUACAUGGCUUCCAGGUUAUCCUUUGCCGAUCUCUUCAAGGACUUGGAGACAUACAUGAAAGACCCUGAGAUUCGUUGGGACUACUGCCUAAGAGCUAAACGAGGACAGUCGGACACCUCCAAACCAGGUUGUUUUAACAAAGAUCAAGUCUACCUAGAGGGCGCCCUUCGUGUGUUACGCUACCGCCGAGACAUUGACUUUCACAGCCUGUACAAGCUGGGCAAGGUGGCUCUGGAAGACGUGGAUCAUCUCAAAGCCAUGGUGAACCUGGGCUCUGGGGAUCUCAAGAUCCCAACAUUCAUGACUGAUAUUGAUGAGUACAGGAAGCGAUUGGACUGUGUGGUUUCAAAGAACGGACUAGAUGAUGCUGAUCUGGCUCUUCUCUUUCCAGGGGAAGUAUCGAGUGGCAAGAGUUUUGAGCCAAUAACUGGCCAAGUAGAAUGUCCGGAUUUGCACGAAGCUGGACUUGUUAGCUUAGAGGAUGAAGUUGUAGAAUGACAGUAGCUGUUGCCUUUUUAGAGGGAGAACUUUUACUGACUGAAUUCAGGACACUGUAAGUGUUGGACCUGAUUGUUAAGUUCACGUACUGUGUCUUUAUUCGCUGGUGUUUAUCAACUUGACAUCAUCACCAUAAACAAAGAAUAUUACUACCUCUGUAAGUGUUAAGAUUGAGUGUUCCAAAAAUGUCUAGUGAAACAAGUGUUUUGUGACAGUUUGGACAUGUUACAUGUAAUGGAUGCUUGGCUGGCUGGUGGUAACAUCUCAAUUGUAGUGCACCAGUGAAGGAGGCUUGGUAACCAGCCUGACUUAUUGCUGCACUUACUUUCAUACAGUGUACUCCAUGCAUGUACAUGUACAAAGAGGAUGCUUUGUCAUGCAAUAUGAAGGUCUUAUUAGGGCUGUGCCGAAUAUCUGAAUAUCCGAAUAAUCAAUCGAUUAUCGAAUGUUUGAAUAUUGUUUUCCAAAU